UCAUUGCAGUGGGCAUUUGCAUGAUUCACUUUGAUUCAGACUGUAUAUAUAUAGAACCAAAAUCAUAAGGGGGUGAAAUGACUGAAAGAAAUGCAUCACAGAUAGAACAAACGUCAUACUAGACAGAAAGAAGCCACCUUUUUCGUUUUGGCAAAAACCCAACAUCGUUUUUUGCCAGUUUAAUCAACCAUGGCUGCACCAUUGUUUUUCUGGUUAUUCUCUCUUGUGUCGAUUUCUAAUGUAGCCAUAGGGACCUCUAUUCCGAUGGACAUUUUCGUAUUAGCAGGACAGAGCAACAUGGCCGGCCGAGGUGGCGUUUCACACGGGGUACGGGACCAUUAUGUCCCGCCGAAAUGCAGCCCCAAUAGACAGAUACUUCGGCUCAGCGCUAAGCUAGAAUGGGAGAGCGCCCAUGAGCCACUCCACGCGGACAUUGACACCGGAAAUGUUUGUGGGGUUGGACCCGGGAUGGCCUUUGCCAACGAGGUUGUUCGAGCCAGGGGGGGCAGCGUCGUGGUGGGACUGGUCCCUUGUGCUAUCGGUGGGACCAGAAUUAGCCAGUGGAUAAGAGGAACUCCGCUGUACUCUAGUCUGCUGAGAAGGGCCCAAGAGUCGUUGAAGGAAGGGGGAACGAUACGCGCCGUUUUGUGGUUUCAGGGAGAGAGCGAUACUCUGAGAACAAGUGAUGCUGUGGCCUAUGGGGGGAACAUGAAGAAGUUCAUAAUGGACAUUCGCUCUGAUCUAAAUAUCCCUAAUCUUCUCGUUAUACAGGUGGCACUUGCAUCUGGAGAAGGACAAUACAUAGAAGAGGUGAGAAAGGCUCAGCUUCAACUCAACUUACAAAAUGUUAAGUGUGUUGAUGCCAAGGGAUUAAACCUUAAAGCUGAUAAGCUCCACCUUACAACUACUUCUCAUGUUCAUCUUGGUCUCAAGUUAGCUAAUGCCUUUCUUGCUUCAUAAUGCUCAACUCAAAAGGGCCUGAAUUUUUUUUAGUAAAGAUGUAAUCUUUAUUGGGGUUUUAAUUAACUUAGCAUAUAGAUUAUGGAAGCCUUGACUUUCCAAAAUUGUAUUUAUGUUCAUU